UUGAAGCAAAGCAUAGGAACAUCUUAGUUCUAAAAGGACUAAAAUAUUCAAUUUAGAAAAGUGCUGUCAGUCCAAAGAGAGUAAUGGCUGUGAAAUGGGUUGCUGGAAAGGCUCUCAUUGCUUUUCUUCUUCUUCUUGUCACGGUCUCAGCUACUUCUUCUCAUCAAAAUACAGAGAAUAAAACAACUUCACUUUCCAAUGGAACUAUAGGGGUUGAUUAUCAUGCUAAAGCAUUUUACAAACACCAUUGGCCGAGCAUGAAAUUUGGAUGGAGAAUAAUAGUUGGUAGCAUAGUUGGAUUUCUAGGGUCAGCAUUUGGGACGGUGGGAGGUGUUGGUGGGGGUGGUAUCUUUGUGCCAAUGCUUACCCUCAUUAUUGGAUUCGAUGCAAAAUCAGCCACAGCAAUAUCAAAAUGCAUGAUUACGGGAGGAGCAACAGCAACAGUUUUCUACAAUUUGAGGCAAAGACACCCCACCCUUGAUUUGCCCGUCAUUGACUAUGACUUAGCACUUCUUUUCCAACCAAUGUUGAUGCUUGGAAUCAGCAUUGGAGUUGCUUUCAAUGUCAUCUUCCCUGAGUGGAUGCUAACAGUUUUGCUAAUCAUAUUUUUCGUUGGCAUAUCAGUUAAAUCCUUCUUUAAGGGUGUUAAUACAUGGAAGCAAGAAACCAUUAUGAAGAAGGAAGCUAGGAAGAAUUCACAGAUAGAUGAUAUUGGAAGUCCUGAAGAUGCUGCACAUUAUAUUCAAACAGGAGAUUCAGCCAAAGACAGUACCAACCAAUCAAGGAAAAAGGUUUCUAUCAUUGAGAAUAUUCGUUGGAAGGAACUUGGACUUCUUUUUGCUGGCUGGAUCAUGAUACUUGGAUUAGAGAUUGGAAAAAAACAAACAACAACUUGCUCGCGGUUAUAUUGGCUAUUGAAUCUACUUCAGGUCCCAAUAGCUGUAGGAAUGAGUUCAUAUGAGGCUGUGCGUCUAUACAAAGGGAAGAGAAUCAUAGCAUCAAAGGGAGAUCAACAAACACAUUGGAGAGUGUUGCCUUUAAUUCUAUUUUGUGCUUGUGGCACACUUGCUGGCAUGAUUGCUGGUUUGCUAGGCCUUGGUGGAGGAUUCAUUUUGGGACCCCUUUUCCUUGGAUUAGGAAUUCCUCCUCAGGUUGCAAGUGCUACAUCAACAUUGGUAAUGGCAUUUUCUGCAUCUAUGGCAGUGGUGGAAUAUUACCUUCUCAAACGUUUCCCUGUUCCUUAUGCUCUUUACUUCGUAGCUAUAGCCACUGGUGCUGCACUUGUUGGACAGCAUUUGGUGAGAAAGGCAAUUGCUAUACUGGGGAGAGCAUCUGUGAUCAUUUUCAUCCUAACUCUCACACUUGGUAUUAGUGCAGUAUUACUAGGUGGAGUAGGCAUUGCACACAUGAUUCAAAAGAUUGAAAAUAAGGAGUACAUGGGCUUUGGAGACCUUUGUUCAUAUAGAAAAUAAAGUUCAUGAUGCGUAGCUUUUAAGUUCAAGGAUCCUUACUUUGUAGUUUUGUGUUGUCUAGGUUUGUAUUAAUAAACUUUUUUUUAAGAGUUGUAUUAAUAAACUAGUUUACCCGUGCGAUUA